AUGUGUCGAAUUCUUAAGAAGCUCAGACACUUUAACAUCUCAGUUGUCAUUUGUGUACAGACAGCCAAGAGUUUAAGUAAGGAUGUAAAGAGAAUCCUUACUGACAUUGUACUUUUCCCUGGAUUGUCCGAAGACGAUUUCAUGGAACUUAUGAAAGAGUCCAUGGCAGGUAAGUUUGACAGACAUGAACUAUGGGAGAAGUACAAAGUCAUACAAGACCCUCAUACUUCUUUCAGAAUUCAUAUCUACGCAAACAAAGUUCAAAUUGUAAAAAGUCAAGCUUGA